AUGAAUCGUAGGAUGGAUUCAGUGGUUAAAUAUCAAGUGGGUUUAGGCUUAACCAGAUGCUGUUGUGGACAAACACCAAAAUUAUUGUCUUAUUUUUAUUGGUUUGGUUUAAAGUUUGGUGUUGUUUUGAUUUUAAAAAUGGGUGAUUUCGCGAAGUACAACAAAGUUAGAAAGUCUGUUGUUAGAACUGCAAACAAAUUAAUUACAAGGGGAGAGACAAUUAUUUCGUCAUAUACCGAUAAUGUUGCAGAUGUUCGUCAAAUUGAGUCGAUCCGUGAUACUUUGAUGGAAAAAAUAGCGAAAGUUGCUGAACUAAACGAGUCGAUUAUGGAUUGCUUGACAGAGCAGGAUGAUAUCGACAAGGAAGAAGAUUCUAGUACGGAGGAAAUGAUGAUGUUAAAGGAUAAACUUCGUCUGUUUGAAUCAUUUUUAGAAAAACGAUCAGCCAAAAAGGAUUUUUCAGAAGCAGGAAGCACUUUCAGCCACAGUAAACUAAUAAAAUUGCCUCGCUUACAUUUACAGCCCUUUGAUGGGCAUCCGGAAAACUGGUCGACUUUCUGGGAUAGCUUUGAAUGUGCCGUACACACUAAUGACGAUAUUUCCGACGUUCAAAAAAUGACCUAUUUAAAAAAUCUAGUAGAAGGUCCCGCUGCAAGUUGUAUCGCUGGGUUUAGACUUAGCAAUGAAAAUUAUAAAACCGUCGUUGAUUUACUGAAAGAGAGAUAUAAUAAUAAACAGUUACUUAUUUCAGCACAUAUGAAAAAAUUACUGAAACUUGAACAGGCGAAUAACUUAACUAACAUAGAAACAUUGCGUAAUGUAUUUGACAACGUUGAGACACAAGUGAGAAGUCUGGAAAAUUUAGAUGUCACGUCUGAAAAUUAUGGUCCGCUAUUAAUACCGGUACUUAUGUCGAAACUUCCAGAAGAGCUUAAUUUAAUUAUUAGUCGUCAAUUUAACGACAAAGAUUGCUGGGAUAUGAAGUUAGUUUUAAGAGCGUUAAAAUCGGAGAUCGAAGUUCGUGAGAAAUCUGCAUAUUCUUUACAACAGCCACACGAUAACAACCCGUUUUCAUCAUCGGCAUUACCAGUUCACUAUUCACAUCAAUCGAACCGUGAUCUUCCGCACAAUCAGUAUCAGAACAAUCAGCAUAAUUAUCGCAAUCAUCAGAAUAAUCAGAAUAAUUAUAGAUGCAUAUUUUGUGACAAAUCGCAUAAAUCACAGCAAUGCCGAAUAAUCACUAAUUUCGACGCAAGGAAAAACGUGUUACGUGACAAGAAGAGAUGUUUUGUUUGUUUGAAAGGUGGACAUUUAGCCAAGUCUUGUUAUUCUAAGAUUAGUUGUUUAAAGUGUUCGGGUAGACACCAUGUUGCUAUUUGUGAUAAGAAAAGGGACGUUGACCAAGGUCGUAGAGAUAAGGAUGGAACCGAACAAGAAAAACCAGAAAAUGUUGCUGGUGCCACUUCGUUGGUUACAAGUUCAAAUUCGCUCGACAUUCCGAGUUCCGUUAUGUUGCAAACCGCUAAAGUUAAAGUUGUUAAUACUACUGAUCCUUCAAAAAUUGAGAACACGAGAAUUUUGUUCGAUAACUGUUCCCAAUUAAGUUACAUAUCGCCCGAGUUAUGUGAAAAAUUGCAAUUAAAGGUUGUUGGUAAGCGUGAGAUUUGCAUCCGUAUUUUUGGUAAACAUUCGUUCAAAGAAACUUUAGAUAGGGUGCAGUUUUCAGUGAUCGGUUUAGAUGGAGAUAAAAUCAACGUUGAUUGUUAUGUGAAAAAUAUUUGUCAUCCUUUAACAGGACAGAAUUUUAACGAUUGUUUGAAGUAUAAACACUUGAAAGACUUACGUUUAGCUGACAGUAACUGUAAUAAUAGAGAUUUGAAGGUGGAUGUCUUGUUGGGUGCUGAUAAUUAUUGGAAAUUUUUUGAUGGUGGUAUAGUUCGGGGUGAGGAUGGGCCAGUUGCUUUAAAUUCAAAGGUUGGAUACAUUGUAAGUGGACGCAUAGGGUCGAGUGAAGGUAGUAGAAGUGCAGUCUUGGUAGCAAACGUAUUGAAGAUUGGGGCUGAGUUUGUCGAAGAUAAGUUGGAUAAUCAGUUGGAAAAGUUUUGGUCCUUCGAAAACGCUGGUAUCGAGGAACAACCAGCUGUUGAAAAUUUUUGUGAAAAUGUUAAAUUCAGCGCGCAGACUAAACGUUACGAGGUGCGGCUGCCUUUUAAGGAUGAUCACGAUGUGCUCCCUGAUAAUUAUUGUGUUUCUUCAAAGAGACUUGAAUCAUUGAGGCAUAAAUUGAAAAAUAAUCCCGAAUUAUUGCGUAAUUAUAACAGUAUCCUCAAAGAACAGCUUGAACAAGGUAUCAUUGAAAGAGUUACCAACGACGAUUGUACCAAAAGACAAGUUCACUAUUUACCACACCGACCAGUCAUUCGAGGAAUUAAAUGGCAUUUUAAUUUAGAAGCCGCUCCUUGGUGGGGAGGGAUGUUCGAAAGACUUGUAAGAUCCGUUAAACGUUGUUUAAAGAAGACUUUACACAAUACCAGAUUAUCGUAUGAAGAACUACUGACUGUUCUAGCUGAAAUUCAAGCAGUUAUUAAUAACAGACCGCUGACAUUUUUGUAUGAAAACAUAGGUGAGCAACCAUUAACACCUAACCAUUUAUUAUUUGGGAGAAAAAUUAAUUUGGAAGCCUCACAUAUUGAUAGCGAUGAAAAUGAAAAAGAUUUGUGUCAACGUUAUGAUCAUUUGCAACGUAUCAUAAACCACUAUUGGAAUCGAUGGAAAUGCGAAUAUUUGACAGAGUUACGCGAAUAUCACAGAGUUGGCAAAUCACGUGGUGAAACUUCUAUUCGAAUCAACGAUGUUGUUUUAAUUGAGGAAGCAAAGCAACCGAGACAAAAUUGGAAAAUGGGAGUCGUUGAAGAGUUCGUACCAUCACGUGACGGCAAGAAACGGGGAGCUGUCGUUAGAUAUGUUCUCAAUGGAAACACACAUACAAUAAGAAGACCGAUAAACAAACUUUAUCCUGUUGAAUUAGCGAAAGACGAAGCUGAAAAGAAAGAAGAAGUAAAUAUCACAUUCAUUGACGAAAAUGAUAUCAUAACGAACAUUUAA